UAGAAUUGGAGUGCUUUGUACUUGUAAUAAGUUUAGUUGUAUAUCAUCAAUCAGAAAACCCAAACUCAAAAGGCAGUGAAGAAAAGCAACAAAGUUUAUUAACAAAAGAGACAAACCCACAAACUCGCAAAAUCCCCUUUUCAAAGCAAUCAAUAAUUAGAAUACCCAAUUCAAAUCAAUCAUCCAUCCAGUUUCUAAAUCAAUUUCUUCCUACGAUUUAAUCAAAUUUCCGUAAUUCCGUCAACGCAUAAUAUCUACCUUUACCAGUUUCACUGUCGCCGUCUUCUCGGCGACUUUUUUCUCUAUAUAAAAUGAGGUUUUUCAAGAAGAUCGCCGGAUUUCUAGGGUUUGCGCAUGAGAAUAAAGAAGAAGAAGAAGAGAACGGUGAUCCGAAUGAUAAUAAUGGUAAUUCAGAUGAAAAUCGACGUAAUCGGAUGAAUGUUGACCCAAUUCCAACGGGCCCACGUAAAGGGUUCAGUGUUCCAGUUCAAGUUCCUGUUGAACGUCCUGUUGUGGGUCCCAUUUUGGUCCCUUGUAAUGGUGAUGGGGGAGUUCAGGGACUCAAGUGGUACGCAGAACGUCUUAAAAUAGAUGAGGAUGGGGAUGUAGCAGAUGAAUUCAUUUAUGAAGUUUCUCCAGAAAUGUCACAUGUCAAGCAAGAUCAACCAAAACCUAUGCCAAGAUUCCAAGUGACGUCCAACGUAAAACACGUGAAAGUAAGAAGACAGAAACCGACUUCUGAUGGGAAGUUUCAGCAUUUGGUCGAAUGUCAUGGUCAAUUACAGUGGGUGUAGAUCCUAAUAGGAUAGCGUUCUCUCCUUUGUCACUGAGAACGCCUAUCGGGAGUAAAAACAGCACCUAACAGCAGAUAGGGAAAUUGCCACUGGGAGCUCAUAUAUUAACUUAUACAGUAGUUUGAAGGCUUUUCCCCUGCUAUUAAGAUGUAUUUGUAUCAUUUAUAUAUCUGGCAUUGGCAUGUACCUCAUUGCAGUAGACACAUCAUCAACUGGCCGAGCCUUUCAUUUUCGCAAUCCAAUCAUGGUGGUUCCCGAGAUAUCUGAACAUGGAUGAGCGAUGAAAUCAAAAGACUUGUAUGUUUUCUAAGUUUACUGAAUGAAAGGCUGUCGAUUGUAGCUUUUCGUUAUUUGAUUGUUUAUUCGAUACGGAUUCUUUUAGAUGACUGUUUUCUUGUGUGCCGAUUCUCUGUUUUGGUUUGUGUUUACAUUUUAAGGAGCUCAAAGUGAUCAACUAAUCAAUUUGUGAUGGAUUGGCUGUCAAAUUUUUUAUCCAACCUGAAAGGCUGAAAUUGAACCGAGUUUCAAUAGAAUACUAGUGGGUUAUAAUUUUGUUUCUAAUCCCUCCCUGGAAUACUAACCCGACCUAGCAAAAUUCACUA